AUUGUCUUCUCAUAGUUUUUAUAUAUUCUUGCUGUUUUUCGCCCUAAGAUCGUUAUGGAAACGAAAAAAGGUCGAAAACGAGCUAAACAGACAGCUGAGGAAACUUGGGAAUGUACAAUGUGUACAUUUGAAAAUCCUAGUGAAUCCUUCGCCUGCCAAAUGUGUGAAACGAAAAAGGGCACCAGCACAAGAAAACCCGCAAGUGUCGGCAUAUCUCAGGAAUUCUCGGUAGCGUCCACCAAAGCCAAGAGAAGAAGACCUAAAUCAGUGGAAAAACCUCAAAUUACUACUAGUCCAGCAGGAUAUAAUAGUAUUAGUCCCUCACCGAGUGCGGAAGUACCAAACACGGAUCGUUCAUAUGAAGUCGAGGAAAACGCACCAGAACCGGAACCGGAACAGGAACAGGAACCUCCUGAACCUACCACACAAUCUUGUCUCUUCAAACGAAAUUUUUCUUUUCAGAAAAAUCCCAGAACAAAAAGCAAGAGACCGCCUAAGCAUAAGAAUGUAAUAAGAUCAACUGCUGUCAGAACGAAGAUAACUGUAAAUGGCGUAACGGUUAUGUUUAUCGAUUAUCAACCAAAAAAGACAGAUACAACAAAUGUUUCUAUUUCCGACGAUAAAGUAGAUCAUCUCUCCGAUGCGGAAAAUUCGAAAAGCUGA